CUGUUUUAAUCUCGGACCAAAACAUAAAACAAAACGUGUGUUCUCUGUCUCUUCCUUUUUCGUAUAUCAAAACCAACUUCGUUCUUCUUCUUUCAUUCGUUCAUUCCUUCUUUGUAUUUCUCUGACGUAGCUUUUUUUAGAAAGAUCGACCAUGUCGUCAAAGAAAUCCCUAGUUCAAAGUCUCUUCAACAUUUCCAAAACCUAUUCCCGGAUCUCGGGUUUUACCCGUAUGCGUCCCACCAAACCCGACGCCGGGGGCUCUGGUAUCCGCCGGAGAUUUCUUCACAAGAGGGCAUUUUUCUCGCCGGAGAUUGUUCCGAAAGGAGGCAACUUGAUGGAUAAACUCAGGGAGUUGAGUUUGUCCAACAAUAACCGUAUUCGUCUCGACGAGAUGCUCCCCCCACCUUCCCCGGCUAAAUCAUCACCGGACUUUUUCCCGGCGGUCACCGUGGAAGACGUGAAGAAGCUCAUGAGAGCAGCGGAGAUGGAGAUGGUGAAAUCGAGGCUGAGAGAUAUUGGCAAGAAUUGGGUUCCCUAUUCCGAGUUUGUCCGGGUAUGCGGAGAAAACUGUUCGGAUCCUGAACAAGGUAACCGGGUCGCGAAUAUGCUUGACCAAGCUGGAAACGUCAUCGUUUUGGGAAAACUCGUCUGCCUUAAACCCGAUGAGCUAACAAGCGCCAUGGCUGGUCUGAUUCCGACACACGAACCCACUCUCGACGCCGCGACAAGGCAAGAGUUUGAGAAACUUGAGAUGAUUAAGUCAGAUAUCGACAAAAGAGCGGACGAUCUUGUUCGAAAAGAAUUAUGGGCCGGAUUAGGCCUGAUAGUGGCCCAAACGAUUGGAUUUUUUAGGCUGACGUUUUGGGAACUGUCGUGGGACGUGAUGGAACCCAUAUGCUUCUACGUAACUUCUACUUAUUUCAUGGCUGGUUACGCCUUCUUUCUCCGUACUUCAAAGGAACCUUCCUUUGAAGGUUUUUACAAAAGCCGGUUCGAGACCAAGCAGAAACGGUUGAUUAAAAUGCUUGAUUUUGAUAUCGACCGUUUCACCAAGCUACAGCAGAUGCAUCAUCGUCCAGACUUUACUAAACCUGGUCGUUGUUGAUCGUUAUUCUUUUCUUUCCUAAAUCGGAUACUACUAAUUAAAUGUAUAAACGGCUAAAAUUAUCGUAGAGAAUAAAUUAGUUUUAGAGGGGUAAAAAAAUGGAAAGUCUUGUCAUGCUAGUAACACUAAUUCAGUACUAAAUAAGUUAAUCAUUACUAAACUAACAAUUAAAGUGAAUGUUAUUUCCAAAGUACUUUUUCCUUUUUGGGGGAUCAGUUGAUUUCUAUGUAUGAAAUAUACAUAAUUGUGCCA